CAACUAUUGUAGAGUUGGUAUAUCAUAUAUUAUGUAUUGCGUUAUGUGCAUUUUGUGUUGACAGAACAGUUCAGUGUCAACGUUGGUAGUGUUUAAUUAUUCGGAAAAAUUUUGAUAACGUAUUUUUAUGAAUUUAUCACAGAAAAGUUGUAUAAAUUAAUUGAUUCUCUUAUUAUUAAGGUAUAACGAAAUAUAUAGAUAUUAUAGGACUAUUAUACUAUAUAUAAAAACUAGUUUCACUAUGGCUGUAAAAGGGGUCAAUAUGCCAAGUCAGAAGUCGGUUAUUGUAGCAUACAUAUUUUGGCUAUUUGGCGGUAUAUUCGGAGUUCAUCAUUUCUAUCUACGUAGAGAUAAACAUGCAUUUGUUUGGUGGUCCACCCUCGGGGGUUUUGGUAUCGGUUGGCUCGGUGAAAUAUUUCGAAUACCACGGUACGUCAGAGAUGCUAAUGAAGACCCUCAACAUAUUCAAGCGUUAGUGAAAAGAAUGAAACAUAACAAAAAGCCUCCAUUUUCUAUGAACCGUUUCACUGGAAUGUUAAUGGUUAGCUACUCAUGGGGCCAGAUGAUGAUGCUUGCUGUUCCACCUGAAGAGAUAUGGGGCAUCAAUUUUAGAUAUCUGAACUUCCUUGUACCAUUUGUAGUUGCUCUCGGUGUGUGGACAGUGGGAAAUAUAGGCAGGGAGUGUGGUUCAUUCUUGUGGCCUGUACUAGGCGCGUAUGUGGCGUACCCGUUGCGUUACUACAUUUACGACGAGAGUUUUUGGUUCACGAUCAUGGUACUGGUAUCUGCACUGGCUUUUGACACGUUUUCUAAACAGUGGCGCCGGACUCCAUAUAAACGCACUCAUUUUGUCAAACGGAUAAUAGUGCUGGGUGUUUGUGCCUCCCUUUACCUGUCUCUCUGGGUAGGUUACCUCUAUUUCCAUGGCACCAUCACUGACAGUGAUGGAGACGAAGUUCCCGUGUAUGAGGCACUGCAUCACUUUUUCACUAGUCCCUGGUGGCUGGAUGUAAAGCAAUGUAUUGUGGAUACAUACCAAUUCGCUCAGCAUCAUGGAUGGUAUGAAGUAUGGAAGCAGAUCAUUGAUCUUUCUGAUCCAAAGGGAGAACAGAAUGCUUACAAGGUUCUGGGUCUAGGACCAGAUGCGAGUCAGCAGGAAAUUACAACAAAGUGGAGGCAGCUAUCAAGGGAAAAUCAUCCAGAUAAGGCAAAGCCAGAGUUAAAGAAGGAAGCCCAAGAACGUUUCAUGGACAUCCAGAAGGCCUACGAGUUGCUAUCUAGCCGCAAACACCGCAGACAUCGUAGAAACAAGAGGGACAAUUCUGACGAAUAUGGCAACGGCCAGGAUCUAUAAGAAUCAUUAAUGUGAUUAUUACUAUACACAUUCCAAUGAAGUUUUAAAUAUGUAGCCUAAGUAGCCUAAGUAUUAUAAAAGGUUCCAUUCUGAAAAGGAACUUGUUAUAUGCCAAUUAUAACACUGUCAACAUCGGCAGAGUUAUAUUUAACCACAUUUAUAAGGUAGAAUUUUAUCUAUUUAUAAAUUUUUCUAUGCCAUUUGAUGGUAUAAAGUUUACUAUAACAAUUCCUGUACUAUGAUUUAUUUUGUAUGUAUGUAUGUUUUAAUAUUAAGUGAAUCUCUUUAUAUAAAACUUUUCUACUUGUCAACUAAUAUUUUUUUUAUGGAAGGAAGAUUAAAUGUGCUCAAAUUCAUUGAAAUCAAUAGGUUGUUAAGAUUAUUACGGUUAAUACUAUUUAUUGAUUUAUUUAAAAUGUAGUUGCAUUAAAUGUACCAAUUGUAUUUAAGAUUUAGUAUAAGCUCUUUUCCAACACAGGAUAACAAUACUUGAUUUUAAAUUUUAAUUGAUUUGAGUGAAAUUAAAUCAGAAAUAAACCUUUGUUAGUUAUUUAAAAAAAGAUAUUUUUUUUUUUAUAUUUUUUAAUCACUAUUGCAACCACAGAGACAUAUCAUUCCACAUAUUUGGAAUAUUUGUGUAUUUUUAUUUAUUAAAUAUAAUUUAGUUGUUAAUUCUUAAUAAACUGCAAUUAACUUUAGACUGAAACUGUUACUUUAACCGUCCAUUUUAUUGUCUUUUUACUGGCUUUGUCUAACUUGGACAUUAUAUAUAUCAAUCAGGUUUUUAAAACACUAUAGAACUGUGACAAUUGCUACACAACAUAUCUUUGUAGACAGAUAUAUAAUUUACCAGGGAGUAAAGCCGGUAACCUGACUUGUAUUUAAUUUUUGAUCUGUUUGUGUAUAAACUGAUUAUUAUUAUAAUUUAUUUUUUUAGUAAUAUAUAGUUUAGUUUUAUUAACAUUAUUCUAUUUAUAGUUACUCUUAUAUACGAAAUAUUUAUACAUUUAAUUAAAAUAUUUUAUAAAUGAUAA